AUGAGUUAAGGGUAAAAAAAAAAAGAGGUUGAAUUGCCAACUUCAUUAAAGAAUCUUAGGUUCGUUUAGGAUGUAAUAGAUGGUGAAUUCGAAAAAAAGCCAGAAGCUUCGAAAGAAAAAUCAACUUUUACAGAAGAUAUUAACAAAAAAGAAUGGUCGAUGCAAUAAAUGAUUGAAAAUUUAGUUUAAAAGCAACAACAAUCCUCAAAUUAAUAAAACAAAAACCCUUUAAUUAUAUCCUCAAAAACUUCAUAAAAUAAAAUAUUAUUUGGUAGCAAUAACCAAGAUAAGAAUGAAGAUUUUUCUCGCUAUAUUCCUACUUCUGAAAAAAAAUGA